CGGUGGUCUAAAUAUUUCUUCUUUUUUCUCGCGCUGAAAAACAAAAUGAAAUGUACAAUUCAAUUGAAAUAACAGAUUCCGACGAUGAGGAUAAUUCCGUCGUCGACGCGCCCGAGCGUUCUGAGAGUCUGCCGCCAUCAGGCGAAUCGAAAACACACGCAGUAAAUGAAACUACUCCAAGAAAGGUCAAACCGGCGUUCUUGGAAAACGACGCUUCGCCUUCGUCCUCGGAUAAAACAGGGACAUCGCCUGGCACAGGAGCAGACAACGACAAAUGCAAUGCCAAAGGGCCAGGAGGACGCCAAAGGUCGCGAAAGAGCCAGCACCAAACUCUUCGAAUGAGUCCCGCAGACCUACAGUUCGAGACCAUUGCAUUGGAAGACGAAGAAACCCGUCGGGCCAAUAAGGCGCCAAAAUUACACACAGACGAGCCGCCACUACAGGCAAAUGUAGUGGACGCUAUUUCCAAACUGAUAGCUGACGACGAGAUGCAGGCGCUUAUCAAGCGCAUAGCCAGGGAGCGUGUUCGUUGUAACUUUCUGUUGGCCACCUAUCAGUUGCCAGACAUGAAUUUUGCACUAAACACACAAACUAAUACGCUCCGCCACCAAUUUCGGGAGCGUCUUAGACAGCGCAACGAGCGAAAUCUGUCAAAUUCAGUACCAAUAUCACGACCAACCGCAGCGCCCACUCCCAAUGCCCACAAAGUGACCAACAAGGGAAUCGUAAGAGCUAGACAGCCUCAGCCGUAGCGACGAAAGCAGCUUACACCAUUGCUUUUUGUUGUCAUGUUGAUAAAUA